AAAGGUAGGCACGAAUUGCAAGACAUUUAAAGUAACAUACUAAUGUGUGGACAUUUUGAAAUAUGCUAAAUAUAUAUUUAAGCAGUUUAAGUGGUGUGUGACGACUGGCUAAUUAGCAUAGUUAGCUAACUACAAACGUUAAGUUAACGUUAACUCAUAUUCCGUGAAAACUUCCAGUGUAAGCACCCGGCAGAAAGUAAAUAACAGAGGAGAACUUCGCCUUCUUCUUCUGCAGUCCGUUUUCCCUCAGUGUCACAGAAGUUACCCUCCCAGUGUAUCCUUAAACAUGUCGGUGCCUUUCUCCAACACUCACCUGCGGGUCCCUCGAGGAUUUGGUACCAUCCUGGAGGGGCUUACCAGGGAAAUCCUGCGAGACCAGCCUGAAGACAUCCCGAAAUAUGCGGCUCAGUACUUCGAGGCUCUUCUCAGAAAAAGAGAAGAGAGUGGCAUGGACCCUGCUGAGUGGGCUGCUAAACUGGAAGACAGAUUCUACAACAACCAUGCGUUUAAGGCAACUGAGGUUAGUGUUAAAGAAGAGCCUGCUGCAGAGGAGACCAGCUCCAAAGAAAAAUCUGACGAGUCCCAAACUGACGACGAACACAGUCAUUCAGCAGAGGCCUCACAUGCUUCCACCACACAACCCAAUGUCUCUGAAGAGGCUGAUUUAAGCGAAAGCAUGGGCGAAGAAAGAAAACACGAUAUUACAGAGGAACAGGUUGUGGAAAAGGGGCCUUCAGAAGAGGAAUCAGUCAACAGGCUCCAAGAUGUGCAGCCAGAUGAUCUGAGCGUGACAGAGGAGGAGAGAGACCCAAUAAUAACUGAACUUGAUCAAGUUGACAGGGCAGCUAAUGGAAAUGAUAGCAGCUCUGCUUCAGACCGAGAUAAACCUCAAUCUGAGUUAGAGCCCACUGACUUAUCAUCAUUCAGAGGGAUUUCUAAUGUAGAUGUGUGUGCUCAGGAGUUAGGGAUGGCACAAGAUGUAGGAGGUGAUAAAAAAGAGUUUGCAGUUGUAGAUGAGGAGAUUGAAGAUUCAGAAGGAGAGGAAAACAUUGACAAUGACAAACCAGUGGAGGUCCCUCCAUAUUCUGGACUAGCAGAUGUGGAUGUGUGUGCUACAGAGCUUGGAGGAACACAGGUAACAAUGGAAGAAGCUACUGCUGAAGAUGAUACACAGCUCACUGAAGAGGACACCUCAACACCCAAACCUGAGGAAGCAGUUGUACGCUCAUCGUUUCAAUCUAAAACCCUAGAGGGCAAUCAACGUGAAGCAGAAGAUGAAGCAGAAACAAAGGAGGAGGAAGGAACAGAGAUUGAGGCUUCUUCUGGAGGAAUACAUGAAAGUUUAGCUCAUAUAAAGGGUGGUUUUAACAGCAAUGCUAUACCAAUGGAAGAUUCCUUGGUUGAGAUUAGCUUUGAAGACAUUCCAGAGGCUCAGCAGAUUGAAGAGGUUGAGGAGAAACAGCCAGAGGAAGAGGGCUUACAGUCUACGAUAUUAGAAACGCAACUGGAGGAAGAGUCCGAAGAGGCAACAGACCAAAAUAUAUCUAGCACACAAGACCAAAGUGAACCUGAAAUGAUGGGAGUUGAAAAAGAAUUGGAGGAAAUGCAGACUCAGCAAGAGGCGUCUGAUAAAAUGAAGGAGAAGGUGGAUUCAAAUGAUUCUAAUGUAAAUGAUAGUGAUGAUGAUGAGAAGCAUGAAGGUGUUAAAACCAUCGGCUCGUCACAUCAGCCCACCACCGAGGCAGACGAAGGAAACCCAGAGGAUGAAACCGAUCAUAAAAAUGAAGAUAGUGAGAAGAUAAGUGAAGGCGAAUUUCACCGGAGUGAGGAUCCUGAAAAAGAGGCAAAGUCAAACGAUCCUGACAUUAAAGGAGAUGAGACAACAGACGUGGCUGGAGAAGACAAAAAGGACAUCCACACAAAAGGUUAUAGCAAAGUGCAGGAUCAAGAGAUUGAUGGUGGUGGUGCGGAUAAUCCUUCAUCGCAAGUUUUCCAGUCAAAUAUAUCAACUGCCAGGACGGAGGCGGAGAGUGAAACUUUAGAGGCAAGUGCACAACAUCUAUCAGGGGAGAUCGAGGAGAGUCAGAGAACACUUGUAGAGUCACAGCUGGAGGAGACAGUGGUAGAAAAAGAGGUCACAUCAAAGGAGAGAAGUUCAGAAGCAGAUGAACUUGUUGAAGAAGGACAGAUUGAUUCUGAUGUACGAGAGAAGAAUGAUGCAAUGGGUGAAGAGGGCAGCAUCGGGCACACUCAACAUGAAGAUCAGCUGGCAGCAGACCAACAAGGAGAAGACGUGUCUCUUGGGCCUGAAAUGGACUCCACAGAGCCUGAAAACAAGAGUGUUGACAAGGAGGAGUGCAGCCGACCCCAGGAGGAGGAGGACAUCAUGGAUAUCCCCCUGGAUGACCCCGAGGCCAACAGGGCUGCUGCCAAGAUCCAGGCUGGCUUCCGUGGGCAUAUGACCCGUAAGAAGAUGAAGCCGGAGGACAAAGCGGAAGGGGAGGAGAGACAGGAGGAUCGGGGGCAGUAGAGAGAGACGACACAUCUGUGCCAGAGCAGUGACGCCCCUGUCCUGACCUGGAUGAAGAGAAAGAGGGGAAGCAAGGUAGCGAGAGAUGGCUGGCAUAAGCUGGCUGGGCUGGCUUUCAGGCACACCUUUUUACCCCAGGAGUCAUUUUCUUUUUUCCGACACAAAUUAGCAGUAGAAAAUGAACCGACAGUUUUGAGGGUGUGUUAUGUGAAUUUUGUGAACUUUAACACUCCUUCUCUGCUUCUUCAGCAGUCUCAUCAGUACGGAUGUCUUUGACCCAGAAUUUGCAACUCACUGCAUGUACUUGUGAAACUUCUGGUAGUGUGCUAGUUUUUAGAUGAUGAUCUGUGAAUGUGAAAAUGAAUGUCCUCUAAAUGCUAAACGGGGCUUAUUUUGGAUGGAUCAGUUCAUACCAUCUGUGUAUAGACCUUGUAUGCAUCAGCGUUAGACUUUGCGUAUUCAGUGGCUUGAACUAUUUGUUAUUUUGCAUUGUUGAUGAUGUGCUUGUAUCUUGACCAACAUUUACAGAUUUGACUUGCUUAUAAAAACGAUUAAAACACUAAAGGAGAAAUAGCUAUGUAUGUUCUAUUUAUUCUAAGUUACUUAAUUCAGAUUGCAGUCGCCUCGAUAGGUUCUCUUUUCACCUUUUCAAGCAUUUUCUAUAAAUCUGAUCUUCCAGAACAGUAAGCAUGCAGUAAUUACACUUUUUUCCAGAUGCAUUUGGUACAACAUUACUUUAUGAGACAUUGCUUCAAUAUGCUCUGUUGUGUUGGUGGGUUUGACUUCUUUGACGUAUGUUAAAUCAGGUGUGUGAAAUUCCAUUGUCAGAGUUUGCAGAGCCGUCAUGCUUUAAAACGAACUGAAUAGUACCUUGCUGAACUUUGCUGUAGAGUCAUGUCAUUACACUAAUAAAUCCACCUUAAAUAUA